UUUCCAAAAGCAAAGGAACUUAUUCAACGUGCCUUGCAAGUUCAUGGAUCUUCGCCUUCAAAAGGUGGAUACAAAAAUUUGUGUCACACUAAAGGUGUCGUCCUCUACUUUGAACUGAAGGACAUGAUCCAUAGAGGGGAAGUUGAGGAUCUGACCAGACUGGAAGCAAUGGCCUGUAAAGUUCUUCAGGCACAUCGUGAAGCACGAACCUUCCCUCCAACCUACCCGCAUCCUUUAAUUGGCGAAGUUGACGUUUGGUUGCUGUGCAUUAAAUGGAUCAUGAACAACCUUUGCAAUCACGAUGCAGAAGAGACUUUGACUUUUGUGACUAAUCGGUCUCCUCCCUUCUUUCGGACUUGCAUAAGUGAUUCUUUUCAUCUCUUGGAUGUUGUUGAUAACAUGGUCCAAAGUGUGUCUUAUCUGGCAGAUCCCGCGGAAACGAAACGGCUGUCUAACAAGUUGAGGUUGUCUUUGAUGAAGACGUUUCGCAGACGAUAUGUGCCUUUAGGCAGGCUUAAAGCUGACGAAGACAUUGUCCAGGCCUGCAGAGCAAUUUGUACAACUAAGCAUUUCCGAGAGUCAUCGCAGUUGGAGCUUAAACGACUUCAAGCCCACUUCAUGUUGACGAACAGCGAGCAGCCAAUCGAUAGUUUGAAGAAAGGAGAUCUUGAGUUCCUGCUCAAACUUCUGGAAGAUCUUGUUCUGAAAGAGGACGAGUAUCGCUUGGCUCAUCACUUGAUGAAAGUCUGCAUGCUGGUGACCGGAGCAAGAUCUUACAGCCUUGACCAAGGUCUUCACGUCUGCGAGAAAUGGUCAGUGGUCUCAACUCAUGAUUGCCUUCCAGAUUUUUACCAGAUGGUUAUCUGUUUCCUACAGAUUCUUGAUGGCAACACACUGGAGUUUAUGCCGAUGUACAUCAAAGCCUUGGAAAAGUGCAAAGAAAAAUCUCAGAAUCAUUUGCGAAGAUUUUAUGCCACAAUCUAUGUAGGCAAGGAAGGAAAAGGUAUGUCUCGCCUCAUUAGUCGCAACAAGUUACUUGGGCAAACUGACUACUCUCCCGAUAAAUUUUGGCAAGUUGAUAGCAGACGGAAAUUGCUAGAGUGCAAAGGAAGAAUUCGAGUGAAGCAAUCAAGUAACCUAGGAAAGUCAACACUCUACAUUGAGCUGGUGCAGGGAAAUCUUGAGCUUUAUGUUGGCAAGAACGCAGACAUUGGCAAAGUGGAGAGGGACUUUACACCAGGGGCAUUGGUGUAUUUUGUUGUAAGUUUCAAUCUUCAGGGGCCUGUCGCGAAUGGCAUAACGUUUUCGCCGCAGAAUCCAUCAAAUGAGUAAAAGAGGUACUCCUGAUCACUUCAGUGCAGUUCAAGCAAGAGAAAAGCAGACUUAUUCAAGUCAAAGCAUUGUUUAAAAUUGGCUGACCCCACUGCGUCACAAGUCUUAGUCAGUGAAUACUAAACUGUACGCUUUGAUGAUGUCCGCCAGAACAAUGCCAGCAGCACACAUGUGUAAGAAUGGAUUUUGACAUGACUGUGAUGUGGACGAACAUUUGUCAUCACUUUCGAUGUGCCCAGUGACGUUUCAACUCGUUAUUAACAUGAAUGUAAUGUAUAUAUCUGACCAUAUUUCGCAUAUUUCCUGCUUUUUAUUAGGAAGAUCGUUAGAUAAAGUUGUGACAGAAUUUUUCAUAGUAUAUCACCGCCAGAUUGUUUUGACAUAGCUUUAGCUACAGAGGUGAUACUUUAAUCGCCUCAUUUAUUUCUUUUUAUUUGUAUUAGAGAAAAUUGGAUUUAUUCAAGUCAAAGCAUUGUUUCAAAUUGGCUAAAUAAUGGCCCCACUGCGUCACAAGUCUUAGUCAGUGAAUACUAAACUGUACGUGGCAGGAUGGAUUUUGACAACUGUCAAUUGAUGAACGUGUUUUAUCACUUUAAUAUGUCCAGAGACAUUUUCAACUUAUUAAUUAAUGUAUAUAUUUUAUCAUAUUUGGUAUAUUUCCUGUUGUCAUAUACGAAGAUCGUUAGACAAAGUUGUUACAGAGAAUAUAACUACAUUUAAUACUUUCAUCGUCAGAUUGUUUUGCAAUAGUUUUAGUUAUCGAAGUGAUGCUAUAACCGCCACGCUUUUUACAGCAAAGUACAAAGUAAAGUUUACACAAAUUGUAGAGACCAACUAAGGUUAAGAAAGCUACUUUAGAUCUCUUUGAUCUUUUUUCACUUGUAUUAGAGAAAAGCAGACUUGUUCAAGUCAAAACAUUGUUUCAAAUUGGCUGAAUAAUGGCCCCACCGCGUCACAAGUCUUAGUCAGUGUAUAUUAAACUGUACGUGGCAGGAUGGACAACUGUCAAUUGACGAACAUAUUUUAUCAUUUUGAUAUGUCUAGAGACAUUUUCAGCUCAUUAAAUAUAAUGUAUAAUUUUAUUACAUUUCGCAUAUUUCUUGUCAAAUACGAAGAUCGUUAGACAAAGUUGUGACAGAGAAUCUACAUUGCUUUCAUCGUGUAAUUGUUUGCAAAGACUGCAUUAAGUUGACUAAGCUAGUUUGGACCAUUUCGGUCUUUUCUUUUUACGUGUAUGCAAAAUGAAUAUAGUAGGAAUUGGUAACAAUAUCGACGAACUCUCGCAGCGUUUGAUUUAGAGAGGAUCAGUUUAUUGGAUCAUUUUUACUGUUUUUAUUACAUUUCAUAGAACUUUUUGCUGUCCAACCCGGGUCUACUCGUCAAUUCGUCAAAGGUAUUCUUCAUAAUUUGGUAACAAAGCUGAAAGCAAACGAGAAAAAAACAGCAACAAACAAACCAGAUGUGAAAGAAAAACAGCGAGUAGAACAAACCUUUUGUAGUUUUUCAGCGAAUAUUUCUAAAUAAAAUGCACUUUUGUUACCACUAA